AUGACGCCUGAGCCCGACAUGCAGGAGUUCGCGUUGCGCACCCGCAAGAGCCCCGGCCAUGCCUGGCUGGCCCUGGCCAUCGUCGCGGCUGUCUUUCUGGUGCUGACAUCCGCCUGGCGCCAGGGCUGGUUCACGCCCACCUCACAUGUGUACAUCGAAGUCGCCGGUGCCAGCGGCAUACAGGCGGGCACGCAGGUACGCCUGAAAGGUUUCAAGAUCGGCGAGGUUGAUGACAUCAAGCUCGAAAAGAACCUGAGUGUGCGGGUACGGCUGCGCAUCGAGACUGAAAAAAUGGAGCUGCUGGGUGCCAACGCCAGCGCAAAAUUUGGCCGCGACAGCCCGAUUGCAGGCAAAUUCAUCGAACUGCUGCCCGGCGCACGUGAAGGCCAGCGGCUGGCCGGCGGGCAGACCCUGCCGGUGGAUGCAGGCAAUGAACUCGACGACGUGAUGGCGACCGUCAAGGUGGCGGUCGACAAGCUGUCCAUAGCACUUGGCAAGAUCGACCCCAUUCUUGAUGACACGCGCAAGCUGACCAAUGAGGCUGCAUCGAUGCGCCAGACACUGAGCAGUUCGAUGACUGCAACGCUGGCCAACAUUCAGGCCAUGUCGGGGCAGUUCAGGCAGACCAGCGAAAGCGCGCGUGUGCUGGUCGGCAAUAUCGACAGCGACCGUGCCAAAGUCGUCGGCGAGGUGCAGGGUUUGCUGAAGACCCUGAACAACGAUUUGCCGCAGGCGCUGGACAAAACCAAAGACACGCUCGAAAACGCAAAGUCCGCCAGUGCCGAUGUCAAGCAGAUCCUGCGCGAAUCGCGCAACGACAUACCUGCCAUUGUUCGUUCGGGGCGCACGGCAGCGCAGGACGCGGCAGAGAUCACAACCGGCCUGAAAGGCAGCUGGCCAUUUUCAGGCGCGGCCAGCCCGGCCGAGCCUGCAACGCUUCCGCUGGACAGUUUUGAGGGGCGCAAAUGA